AUGAUCCAGUCAAUUCCCGAGGAUGUUUCAACUAUAAAUAUGCCUCCCAAAGCCAUAUUCUUUGUCCUCUGCGACUUCAUUCAAGCAAUGGCUGUUGCUACGAUUAACUCUGCCUUUAUCAGUGCAGUUUUUAUUAUCCUUUCUUCAAACUCAUGUAAUGGUCUAUUCAAUUGCCCUACCCAAGAAUCCCAAGCUCUUCUUUCCUUCAAAACAGCCUUGAACUUCAGUGAUGGUAUUUUCAGUUCAUGGGUUAAUGGAAGUGACUGUUGCUCCAUGUGGGAUGGCAUAUCAUGCAAUAAUCUCACCAACCAUGUAGAGCAGGUGAAUUUGAGUGCCUACACCAACCAUGCAGAGCAGGACGUCCAGAGUGGAGUCAUAUCCGGUAGUUUGUGCAACCUUUCGUUCCUCAAAUACCUCACCUUGAGGAGCAUUGGUCUAACUGGUACUAUUCCUUCCUGUUUGGGAAAUCUCUCUCAUCUUAAUCAUCUGGAGCUAAGAUACAACAGAUUGACUGGAACAGUUCCCCCGGUGAUUUGUCAACUCACCAAUCUUAGCUAUUUAGAUGUAAGCUAUAACCUACUCAGUGGAAUAUUGCCACCAUGUCUACAAAAUCUUUCCUUUCUUAAGUUCUUAGAUAUUGGCUUCAACCAAUUCCACAGGAGCCUUGAGCUUACUGGUCUUUCGUCACUUGAGCAGUUUUACGCUUUAGAGUUUUCUUUAUAUGACCACAUUACUUCUUCAGAUUUGGCAUUACCCUCUUCUGUAAGGAUUUUAUGGCUUUCCUCAAUUACCGUUUCAGAUACUUUAUUUCAUAACCUUGCAGAAUUAACAUAUCUGGUUUUGUCAGAUUGUGUACUGAAUAUUAGCACAACUUGGAUUCCCAUGUUCCAGUUAGGAGGCUUAUAUUUAGACUCAUGUAGUAUUGGUGGUCGAAUUCCCGAUUGGCUUUCCACUCAAUAUUCAUUGCAGGGAUUAACAUUAGUUAACGACAAUAUUGUUGGAGAAAUCCCCUCCUGGUUAUGGGAGAACAACCCUCAGUUGAUUCAGUUGAACCUCUCAGGAAAUCAUUUCAAUGGCAGCCUUAUUAUCCCGAACAGAUUAGUUCCUUGGAUGACACUACUGGAUGUGUCUAGGAAUGAGUUGACUGGACAAGUGCCAUCUCUGUGGCCACCGUAUCUACAGCUCUUGAUGGUUAAUGAAAAUGCUCUAAUUGGCACUAUUCCUCAAAGUUUGUGCAAUUUAACUCUCCUUGAAAAGUUAAAUAUGUCAUACAACAAAUUGAAUGGAAACAUUCCUCCAUGCUUUGCCAAUUAUAAGGUUAUUCAAGCGUUAAAUUUAGGGGAUAAUAGGUUGGAGGGGAGCAUACCUCAUGGGCUAUGCUCAUCGUCUCUAAUUUUAAGGAAUAAUAAGUUAAGUGGAGCCUUCCCUCCGUCGAUCACCAAUUGCAAGAGAUUACAACUAUUAGAUAUUGGGCACAACAAUUUUUCUGGGGACAUUCCAUGGUCAGUUGCAAAUCUAUCAGCCCUCCAAGUGUUGAUGAUGAAGGGUAAUCGUUUCAGCGGCAGUAUUCCUUCAGAAAUUGUGCAACUGAAGAGGCUCCAGAUCUUAGACCUUUCGUCCAACAAUAUAUCAGGUUUUAUUCCACAUAACAUUGCAUCUCUACAUGCAAUGAGUGUAGCAAGAGAAGACGGUCAUAUGUUAUCUGCUCUGUUGAAUCCUUAUCAUCUAUUUGUAAGAGGCAAAGGCUUCAAGUCAUAUUCCGAGCUUGGUCCUUUCGAGACAUGGGUGUAUCAAGUUCCGUCUCAUGAUGAUUUGGAUAUGACUGUGAAAGGCUUAGAGCUGCAUUAUUCAUAUAUUCUUUCCACACUAACAGGGAUAGAUCUCUCCAAUAAUCAAUUAAAUGGACACGUUCCUUUUGAUUUUGGAAAGUUGAAGGGGUUAAGAUUUCUUAAUCUGUCAAUGAACAACCUCACUGGAGUUAUUCCACCCAGUUUUGGGGAAAUGAGUCAACUAGAAUCAUUGGACCUUUCUUCAAACAGAUUUUAUGGAAGUAUUCCUGCGGAGUUUCAAUCUCUAACCUCACUGGAAUGUUUAAAUUUGUCCAGCAACAACCUCUCAGGCAGCAUACCGCAAGGAGGACAGAUGAUCACAUUUGAAAAUACAUCAUAUUCUGGAAAUCCAUAUUUGGAGGGAUGCCCGCUUCCGAAGAAAUGUUCAUGGCCAAAAUUCGCUCCUCCCCUUCCUUCUGGGAAAGAUAUUCAAGGUAAAAAUGAAGAUUAUAGAGAGAAAAUAUCAUGGUAUGCGAUUGGAGUAGGAUUGUCACAUGGAGCAGGUUUUUCAUGUGUAAUGUUAUUGCUUGCAGUAAGAAAGGGAUGGAGGAAGAAAUACUUUAAGUGGGUUGAUAAGAUUUUGAAGAAGAUAUUUCCGUCCAUCCGCAAUAAGAGAUUAUGA